UUAAAAAUAUUUAAAACAAUGUUACUAGUUUAAAUCCCAACACACACUCCAUAAGACACAUUUUAUUUAACAUUGGCUAUUGAUGUUCCCUUGAGCAUGACACUGAACUCAGCAACUACUGGAUGACUUGGAGAAGGAAGAGAUUUGAAGUCUCUCUCCCCUCAGGGUCAUGUGAUUUCUUGUAAGUUGCAGAAGUGAAACUAAAUUCAACGGAGCAGGAGGGUAAAAUGGCGUCUGACGCGGGGUGGCAGUAAUGGAACUGAAAGUCUUCAACAGAGCAGAGCAGAUGGAUAAAAACUGACGUCUGACGCAGGUCAGUGUUACUGGUUUACCUCUCAGACUGACUGAAGUCCACAAGAUGAGUGCUUGUGUGGAGGAAGAGGAGGGCAGAGCAGAGCCUCCAGUAUCCAACGUUCUGUCUAUGAAGAGUGACCAGUACAACGAUCAUUUUACGACCUUCAGUAAUAAACCUGGACCCUCAAACACAAAACGUCAGACAGACCACAGACAGAGAGCAGAGUCUCCAGCAUCAGACUGUCUGUCUAUGAAGAGUGACUGGUCCAUCCCUCAACCUCCGAACUUCAGUAAUGAACCUGGACCCUCAGACACAAAACGUCAGACAGACCACAGACAGAGAGCAGAGUCUCCAGCAUCAGACUGUCUGUCUAUGAAGAGUGACUGGUCCAUCCCUCAACCUCCGAACUUCAGUAAUGAACCUGGACCCUCAGACACAAAACGUCAGACAGACCACAGACAGAGAGCAGAGUCUCCAGCAUCAGACUGUCUGUCUAUGAAGAGUGACUGGUCCAUCCCUCAACCUCCGAACUUCAGUAAUGAACCUGGACCCUCAGACACAAAACGUCAGACAGACCACAGACAGAGAGCAGAGUCUCCAGCAUCAGACUGUCUGUCUAUGAAGAGUGACUGGUCCAUCCCUCAACCUCCGAACUUCAGUAAUGAACCUGGACCCUCAGACACAAAACGUCAGACAGACCACAGACAGAGAGCAGAGUCUCCAGCAUCAGACUGUCUGUCUAUGAAGAGUGACUGGUCCAUCCCUCAACCUCCGAACUUCAGUAAUGAACCUGGACCCUCAGACACAAAACGUCAGACAGACCACAGACAGAGAGCAGAGUCUCCAGCAUCAGACUGUCUGUCUAUGAAGAGUGACUGGUCCAUCCCUCAACCUCCGAACUUCAGUAAUGAACCUGGACCCUCAGACACAAAACGUCAGACAGACCACAGACAGAGAGCAGAGUCUCCAGCAUCAGACUGUCUGUCUAUGAAGAGUGACUGGUCCAUCCCUCAACCUCCGAACUUCAGUAAUGAACCUGGACCCUCAGACACAAAACGUCAGACAGACCACAGACAGAGAGCAGAGUCUCCAGCAUCAGACUGUCUGUCUAUGAAGAGUGACUGGUCCAUCCCUCAACCUCCGAACUUCAGUAAUGAACCUGGACCCUCAGACACAAAAGAGAGGAUGAGGAAGAGGAGGAGUGGUGUGUCUGUGGCGGAGCAGCUGUCCUGCUGUUCUUUGUGUCAGGAGGACGUCCUGAAGGAUCCAGUCUCUACCAGUUGUGGACACUGGUUCUGCAGACAGUGCAUCAACUCAUACUGGGACCAGUCUGCUUCAUCAGGAGACUUCUCCUGUCCUCAGUGUGGAAAAAGAUCCAGGACAAGAUCUGGACUGCAGACAGACAGUCAGACCAUCACUGUACAAAUGAAUGUUGCUUUCUGGGAGGUUGAACAUGAACAUAAGAUCAGUAUGAGGAGGAGAUGUGAACAUGUGACUGAAGGAACUGAUGAAGCAGGAAGUGAAACCCUCCUCAACAGCAUCUACACUGAGCUCUACAUCACAGAGGGACAGAGUGAAGAGGUGAAUACCCAACAUGAAGUGAGGCAGCUUGAGACAGCUUCCAAGAUGAAGAUCCUCCAUGACACUCCAAUCAGGUGUCACAACAUCUUUAAAGUCUUACCUGACCAACAGAGACACAUCAGAGUCGUUAUGACAAGUGGCGUCGCUGGUGUUGGAAAAACCUUCACAGUAAAGAAGUUUACUCUGGACUGGGCAGAGGGCUUGGAAAACCAAGAUGUCAGUCUGGUGAUUCUCUUUUCAUUCAGGGAGCUGAACUUGAUCAAAAAUGAGCAGUACAGUCUUCUCAUGCUGAUCCAUGAUUUCCAUCCAACAUUGAAGAAGGUCACAGCAGAGAAGCUGGCUGUCUGUAAAGUUUUGUUCAUCUUUGACGGCCUGGAUGAAAGCAGACUUUCAUUAGAUUUCAAGAACAGGAAGGUCGUGUCUGAUGUCACACAGAAGUCAUCAGUCAACAUGCUGUUGACAAACCUCUUCAUGGGGAAUCUACUUCCCUCAGCUCUCAUCUGGAUAACUUCCCGACCUGCAGCAGCCAAUCAGAUCCCUCCUACAUGUGUUAACAGGGUAACAGAAGUACGAGGCUUCACUGACGCCCAAAAGGAGGAGUAUUUCAGGAGGAGAUUCAGUGAUGAAGAUCUCUUCAGCAAAAUAAUCUCACACAUUAAGACAUCCAGGAGCCUCCACAUCAUGUGUCACAUCCCAGUCUUCUGCUGGAUCACUGCUACAGUUCUGGAGCACAUGUUGACUACAGACCAGAGAGGAGAGCUGCCCAAGACCCUGACUGACAUGUACUCACACUUCCUGCUGGUUCAGACAAAGAGGAAGAAGCACAAGUAUAAUGAGGGACAUGAGAUGAGUCCACAGGAGCUGACGAAGGCUGACAGGGAAGUUCUUCUGAAGCUGGGGAGGCUGGCGUUUGAACAACUGGAGAAAGGAAACAUCAUAUUCUACCAAGAAGACCUGGAGCAGUGUGGUCUUGAUGUCACAGAGGCCUCGGUGUACUCAGGAUUUUGUACAGAGAUCCUCAAAACAGAGAGUGUGAUCUUCCAGAAAACAGUCUACAGCUUUGUUCAUCUGAGUGUUCAGGAGUUUCUGGCUGCAGUCUACAUGUACCACUGUUACACCAGCAGGAACACGAGGGUACUGAACGCCUUCCUGGGAAAAAAAUACAGUCACUCAUCCCUGGAUGUCUUCUUGAUGAAAGCUAUGGAGAAAUCUCUUAGAAGUAAAAAUGGCCACCUGGACCUGUUUGUUCGCUUCCUUCAUGGCCUCUAUGUGAAGUCCAGCCAGAGUCUCUUAGGAGGCCUGCUGGGUCAGACAGAGAACAGUCCAGAAAUCAUCCAGAGAGCCAUCAACAGCAUGAAGAAGAGGAACAUCUCUGUUUCUCCUGACAGAAGCAUCAACAUCUUCCAUUGUCUAAUGGAGAUGAACGACCGCUCAGUACAUCAGGAGAUCCAAGAGUUCCUGAAGUCAGAGAACAGAUCAAAGAAGAAACUUUCUAUGAUCCACUGCUCGGCUCUGGCCUACAUGCUGCAGAUGUCCGAGGAGGUUCUGGAUGAGUUGGACCUGAAGAAGUACAACACAUCAGAGGAGGGACGACGGAGACUGAUCCCAGUUGUGAGGAACUGCAGAAAGGCUGUGCUUAAGGACUGUGGACUCUCAGAGACUCACUGUGAAGUUGUGGCCUCAGCUCUGAAGUCCAACCCCUCCCAUCUCAGAGAGCUUGACCUGAGUGGAAACUCCAACCUGAAGGACUCAGGAUUGAUUCUGUCUGCUGGACUGGAGAGUCCAAACUGUAGACUGGAGACUCUGAGAUUGAAGAGCUGCAGUUUGUCAAAGAUCAGCUGUGCUUCUCUGCUCUCAGCUCUGAAGUCCAACCCCUCCCACCUGAGAGAGCUGGAGCUGAGUGACAACGAGAGUCGGGACGGUUCAGAAAGGAAUCUGCAGUUUGAUUUUCUGGAGAGUCCAGACUGUAGACUGGAGACUCUGAGAUUGAAGAGCUGCAGUUUGUCAGAGAUCAGCUGUGCUUCUCUGCUCUCAGCUCUGAAGUCCAACCCCUCCCAUCUGAGAGAGCUGAAUCUGACUAACAACGAGAGUCGGGACGGUUCAGAAAGGAAUCUGCAGUUUGAUUUUCUGGCGAGUCCAGACUGUAGACUGGAGACUCUGAGAUUGAAGAGCUGCAGUUUGUCAGAGAUCAGCUGUGCUUCUCUGCUCUCAGCUCUGAAGUCCAACCCCUCCCAUCUGAGAGAGCUGAAUCUGAGUGGAAACUCCAGUGUCAACGUUUCAGAAAAGAAUCUACUGUGUGAUUUUCUGGAGAGUCCACACUGUAGACUGGAGACUCUGAGAUUGAAAUACUGCAGUUUGUCAGAGAUCAGCUGUGCUUCUCUGGUCUCAGCUCUGAAGUCCAACCCCUCCCAUCUGAGAGAGCUGAAUCUGAGCUACAACUACAAACUGAGGGAUUCAGAAAUGAAGAUGAUGUCUGAACUUGAGGAGAUUCCACACUGUAGACUUGAAACUCUGAGAUUGUGGGACUGCAGUUUGUCAGAGAUCAGCUGUGCUCCUCUGGCCUCAGCUCUGAGGUCUGACCCCUCUCAUCUAACAGAGCUGAAUCUGAGUAACAACAAAAUCCAGGAUUUAGAAAUGAAGAUGCUGGGUGAAUUUCUGGAGAGUCCACACUGUAGACUGGAGACUCUGAGAUUGUGGGACUGCAGUUUGUCAGAGAUCAGCUGUGCUUCUCUGCUCUCAGCUCUGAAGUCCAACCCCUCCCAUCUGAGAGAGCUGGAUCUGAGUGAAAACUACAGUCUCAACAGUUCAGGAACAAAGCUGCCAUUUGAUUUUCUGGAGAGUCCACACUGUAGACUGGAGACUCUGAGAUUGAAGAGCUGCAGGUUGUCAGAGAUCAGCUGUGCUUCUCUGCUCUCAGCUCUGAAGUCCAACCCCUCCCAUCUGAGAGAGCUGGAGCUGAGUGGAAACUCCAGUGUCAACGUUUCAGAAAAGAAUCUACUGUGUGAUUUUCUGGAGAGUCCACACUGUAGACUGGAGACUCUGAGAUUGUGGGGCUGCAGGUUGUCAGAGAUCAGCUGUGCUUCUCUGCUCUCAGCUCUGAAGUCCAACCCCUCCCAUCUGAGAGAGCUGGAUCUGAGCUUCAACGAGAGUCUCAACGGUUCAGGAACAAAGUUGUGUGAAUUUCUGGAGAGUCCACACUGUAGACUGGAGACUCUGAGAUUGAGGUGGUGCAGGUUGUCAGAAAUCAGCUGUGCUUCUCUGGUCUCAGCUGUGAAGUCCAACCCCUCCCAUCUGAGAGUGCUGGAUCUGUGUCAAAACUCCUUGAGUUCUUCAAACAAGAAGCUGCUGUCUGAUCUUAAGGAGAGUCCAGACUGUAGACUGAAGACUCUGAUAUUUGACAACUAGUGAUCUCUGUCAGAGUGAGUGAACAUCCAGGAGUUCGUGUUGAGAGAGGAUCAGCUGUAUCCUGAUGAUCCAGAGAGGUUGAAGCAGCAGCAGCAGCAGCUUGUGUGUAGAGAGACUCUGACUGGGCCAUGUUACUGGGAGGUAGAGUGGAGAGGAGAGCUUCAUCCAGCAGUGACUGACAGAGGAAUCAGAAGUGGAGAUGAGUCUCAGUGCUGCAGUCUGAACUGAUCUGAGAACAGCUCCACUGUCACACACAAAGUCAAGUCCACCAUCAUCCCUGUGUGUUCCUCUGGAUCUGACAGAGUAUUAUCAGUGUAUCUGGACUGCUCUGCUCCUGCUCUGUCCUUCUACACAGUCUCUGCAGACACACCCAGACUCCUCCACUCAACCACCUCCUCCACCCUCCUCCUGGACCUAAGUCUCAGUCUGGAUUUUGGUCCAUGUGGAUCAUCUCCAGCAGAGGCUUGUUUAGUAAGACUUUCCUGCCUUUGUAUAUAAGUUGCAUAUAUGUUUUAAAUGUAUAUAAGUUUUAAAUGUCUCUUUACUGUCAGACAUGUGACCAUCUGUAUCUGUCGAAACCAGAGUGACACUGCAGAUUAUUGCAGAAUCACUUGACACUAUAACCGUUAAUUUACAGGAUUGUACAUAUCAGAGAAUAUUGACUUAUAUUAUAUAUCAAUAUGUAAUAUUGAGAAGGCUAGUAGUGUGAUGCGUGAAACAAACAUCCCUCAGGAUUAUGUGAGAUCUGUCAAAUAGAGGAAUCAGUGCAGCAUGUAAUUUUCUCUUGAGAACGAGAAACAUUAAAGAGGGAAAUCAGGAAACUUGAAGUGGAUAGAAAUGAGUCUAAAAAUGUAUUUGCCAUCAGGUUAGUGAGUCUAUUUCAUUAUAUGAAAGAAACUGGGCUGAUCAAAAGAAAUUAGUGUUCAGUGAAAUAUAGGAGAUGAGUCAUAACAUUUCUGAUAUGCAAGAAUAUUUGUUGCUUCACAUCUAUGAGACUCUGUGUGUUUGUUCUGUUUCAUUUAAUAAAUAAAGAUUAAACAUGACAAUUAA